AUGGGUUUUUAUGACCAUUUUGGAUAUAUUGCACCAUAUGGUGAUUAUGUAAAUCAAUUUGCUGAUGUACCUUUACAAAAUGGUGGUGAUACAUCAUGGCAAGGAGAAGUUAAUGCUACUGAUCAAGCAUAUAAACGACAAAAUAAACCACGAUCAACAAAACCACAAGAUUUUCAAAUUCGAAUAAAAAUCUUUCAAGCACGUCAAUUAGAUGGAAGUAAUUUACAUUCUGUUUGUCGUGUACGUGUUGUUGGUUCUAUAAAACAAAUAAAAAUUCAAAAAGGAACAAAUCAAUCAUAUUUUAAUGAAGUUUUCUUUUUUAAUAUAAAUAUGUCGGAAGCUGAAUUAUGUGAUGAAAUGAUUGAAUUUGAAGUUUGUAAUUCUCGAACACUUCGAGCUGAUAUGAAAAUUGGAUCAUUUAUAAUGGAUAUUGGUUAUAUUUAUUCUCAAGCAAAACAUUCAAUUAAUCGAAAAUGGUUAUUAUUAAGUGAUGAAGAUGAUCGAAUAACUGGUGCUAAAGGUUAUCUUAAAGUAUCAGUUAAUAUAUUAGGACCAGCUGAUGAAGCACCAUCACAAGAAAAUGCUGGUGAUGAUAAUGAUAUUGAAAUGGAUAGUACAUUUUUACAUGGUGUUAAAAAAAUUUUUCAUGCAACUGAAGAUAUUAAAGAAUUAAUUGAUCCUUAUGUUUCAUUAAAAAUUGUUUAUACAUUUUCACAUCCAGAAUUUAAUCAAGAAGUUCGACUUGGUCUUAAAUUUCCAUCAAUGUGUGAUAAAAUCACACUUACUGUUAUGGAUUGGGAUCGUUUACAAUUCGAUGAUGUAACAGGCUCAGCAUUACAUCAUAUUAAUCGUUUAUGUGAUGAUCGAGAAAAUGGUAUUAAAUUAUGGAUCGAUUAA